GUCAUUUUUAUUUUUUUCUUUGCUUUUCUGGUACAAAAACUGUCAUUCAUUUUUAGUAUCAGAUUCAUAGGAUCCAAGAGAGAGAGAGAGAGAGAGAUGAAAAUGUCAACUGGGUUCUUCCUCCUGUUGCUCUGUGCAAGUUUAGUUCAUGCGCAGCGCCGGAUAGACUUCAUAAGCAUUGACUGUGGCUCUCCCUCGAAGCCCUACGAAGACACAGACACCAACAUAACAUAUUCACCAGAUGGAGAUUACACAGAUACAGGGAUAAACCAGAACAUCUCCUCUGAGUAUAUGUAUCCAAAGAAUCCCAACCUACCCCUCCCUCUCUCAGACCUCAGGAGUUUUCCUCUAGGAAACAAAAAUUGCUACACUUUGAGACCCGAAGCGGGAAAAGGCAGCUUGAAUUUGAUUAGAGCUUCCUUUUUAUAUGGAAACUACAAUGGAGAAAACAAGCUACCUGAGUUUGAUCUAUAUCUUGAUGUCAACUUCUGGUCGACAGUGAGAUUUGGAAAUGCUUCUGAAAUUGUUACAAAGGAGAUUAUAGGUUUUGCACAAUCUGAUAGCAUGCAUAUUUGUCUAGUAAACAAAGGUUUAGGAACUCCUUUCAUUUCAGCAUUGGAAUUUAGACCGCUCAACAGCUCAACUUAUGGUACUGAGUAUGGGACCUCUGCAUCAUUAGUACUCUUUAAAAGGCUGGACAUUGGAUCGAGCAAUGGAACAGGUCGAUAUGGAGAUGAUGUUUUCGAUCGAAUUUGGUCCCCUUAUGUUUCACCUUCUUGGGAUACAGUUAGCACUUCUUUACCAAUUAAUACCUAUGAGAACGGAUAUAGAGCACCGUUUGAAGUAAUCAAGACUGCAGCUAGACCUCAAAAUGGAAGUGAACCUUUAAACUUGUACUGGAACACAACUGGUAUGGAUGAUCAAUUUUAUAUUUAUAUGUACUUUGCUGAGGUAGAGCAUCUUGCGAGAAACCAGUCAAGAAAGUUCAAUAUAUCUUGGAAUGGAACUCCAUUGUUUGGACCUGUCGUGCCGCGUUACUUACAAGCAGACAUAAUAUCAAAUUCAAGAGCUCUGGUGGGAAAAGAUCACCAAAUUUCUAUAUACAAGGCAGAAAACUCUACCCUUCCACCCAUUCUCAAUGCUAUUGAGGUUUUCAAAGUCAUGCUGCUGGUUGAAUCACCUACUUUUAGUGAAGAUGUUGAGGCCAUAACGAAUGUCAAAACUACAUAUCAAAUAAAAAAAAUCUGGGCUGGCGAUCCUUGUGGACCUAAGAAUUUCUCUUGGGAAGGUCUAAAAUGCAACUACAGCCUUUCACUUCCUCGGAUUACUUCGCUGAACUUGAACUCAAGCAACUUGAGUGGGAUCAUAGCUGCUUCCAUUGCCAAGCUCUCAUCAUUGGAGUCCUUAGAUUUGUCGAACAAUAACUUGACUGGACCAGUGCCUCAGUUCCUGGAAGAACUAAAGUCUCUCAAGAUCCUGAACUUGAAAGGCAAUCAAUUGUCUGGUUCCGUUCCAAACGCUCUUCUGGAGAGAUCAGGAGCUGGACUACUUGAACUGAGUGUGGAUGGCCAAAAUCUUUGUGGUUCGGAUUCAUGCAAAAAGAAGAAGAAAAUUGUUGUUCCAAUAGUUGCAUCGUUAUUAUCAGCACUAGUCCUCCUUAUAGUGGUGAUAGUAGUAUGGAAAUUGAGAAGAAAAAGAAAAGCAGAUACAGAAGGAGAAAACUUUAACAAAACAGGAAGAACUAUAGCAUCAAAGAAAUGCCAAUUUACUCAUGAAGAGGUUUUAGAAAUUACCAAAAACUUUCAAACUGCAAUCGGGAAGGGAGGAUUUGGGAUUGUGUACCAUGGCUACAUGAAAGAUGGCACCCAAGUUGCAGUCAAAAUGCUUUCCCCGUCAUCAUCUCAAGGACCUAGGGAGUUCCAAACAGAGGCUGAGCUCCUGAUGAGAAUCCAUCAUAGAAACUUGGCCUCAUUUGUUGGAUACUGUGAUGAUGCAGACAACUUAGCACUUAUAUACGAGUACAUGCCUAAUGGAAACCUUAGAGGCUGUCUCUCAGAUUCAGAUAGGAGCACACGUAUGACUUGGGAAAUGAGGCUUCACAUAGCAAUAGAUGCUGCGCAAGGGCUGGAGUACUUGCAUCAUGGAUGCAAGCCACCUAUUGUACAUAGAGAUGUAAAGACUGCCAACAUUCUCUUAAGUGAAAAUUUGGAAGCUAAAAUUGCAGAUUUUGGUCUUUCCAAGGUUUUUCCCAGUGACAAUGAGCCUGAUGUAGUGACAACAGUCAUGGGCACUGCAGGGUAUCUUGAUCCAGAGUACUACAAUUGUCAAAGAUUGAAUGAAAAAAGUGAUGUAUAUAGUUUUGGGGUAGUUCUACUAGAGCUCAUUACAGGCCAGCCUGCAAUCAUAAAAAGUGAUGAGCAUGUCCACAUUGUAGAGUGGGUGAAUCCUGAGCUCCAACGAGGGGAUAUAACAAGUGUUGUAGAUCCGAGGAUGCAAGAAGGUUACGAUGUGAAUUCGAUCUGGAAAGCCUUAGAGGUAGCAAUGGCAUGCACAACUUCCACCUCCCAACACAGAGCCACAAUGGAUUUUGUAUUGUCGGAGCUAAAACAUUGUCUGGAAAUGGAAUUGUCUAGGCAUCGAGAAAAAAAGCCAGGCUCGACAGAAGAACUUCGUGUUAGAUUUGCACCGUAUUCUAGUACUAGUUCAACUGAAGUGUUUUCCCUGUACACAGAUUCCACAAAUGCAGAGUCCAUGACAGGACCAUUUCCUAGGUAGCUAGUGAUGAGGCUUGAUAUUUGCAGCCUUGCAGGUUGAGAAAAAUAUACAACAAAGUCUAUACUUAAUUUUUGAAUUUCGUUUAUGUACAUAGCCAAGUUUGUGAUUAAUUUUUGAGUUUUAUGAUUUG